UCAAUAAAGAAAUGCUGCAUAUUUCAACGACAACUUUAAUGCUGUUUGGGACUGGUUUUCUCACAGUUUUGUGUCCAGCGGUCAGUAUAGAGGUUCUGCCAGGAGAAAAUGUUGCUAUGUGGUGUGAACACAACAUCCAUACUACUGGAGACCUGUGCUGGUUCAAGCAAGCAGCUUAUGUUGUACCAAUAAAAAUUGUGUGCAUGAAGUACACUCAUAGUUUUCAAAGUGCUAAGGCAAAAUAUUUCUUCAAUAUUACAAUGAAUCAAAUGUUCAUGCAUCUGCACCGUAAAUCCACCUCUUUAACAAUACUGGAUGUGAGAGUUUCUGAUUCUGGCUUCUACUUUUGUGGAGCUGCUAAAUCCCAGAUAACAUUUGGCAAUGGAAGCAGACUUGAUGUGAAAGAUAAGAAUAAUAUGCCAAGAAAAAAUGACACAGAAACAAUGGUAUUGAAAGAUGAUCAUGAUAAAUCCUCUGUGUCUGCUGAUGAUUGUUCUGGAAACAUCUUUUUAACCCUGACCUUUAUACUUGGUGGAUUUAUUAUUUUUACUUUCAAUAUUCUGCUCAUCUCGAUCAUUAUCAGAAAACACAGAAGACUGAAACAGAGAAAAGCUAAAGCGACUGAACGCCAAGAACAACAGCAAGAUCACAAGGAGUCUGAAUCAGUGGAAUAUUCCGCUGUGCUCUUCUCAAAAAAGAAACCUAACAGAAGAGAAAGACAAACUGAUACAAUAGUUAUGUAUCAGAUGUAUACUGAUGCCACAUGAUACAUAACUCACUUAUUCAAACUUUUGUUCAUAAAAUCUUUUUCAGAAAUAACACUUUUAGUGUUUUGCUAUUAAUAUUUAUUUUGGUACUGCUUUUUGCUAAUCCUGAUACUACCAUAACAACAAAUGUCAUGCAGAUAAAGCUGAAGUUAGUAUGUAAAUAUGUAUAGUAGGUAUACACAUUACCACAUUACACAGAUUAAAAUAGUUUGGUGCUGAAAAAUAGCAAAAUAAACAAACCUUACAGAAAACAACAGUGGUGUGCAUUUUGAGACAAAAAAAUGGCACUGGUAUAAGAUAUGUCAAUGCAAGCUGA